GUCACUCCACAGUCCUACUUUAUACACCUUUACAUGAUGUUUUCUUAGACAAUGAAGACCACAAUACCACUAACACUUCUGAACAUCAAUAUUUAGACUGCAAAGACACUUUUAGUCGAACUGGAAUACGUUUUUUAUUAUCGGGAAAAGUAAGAAGACUCCGGACUAAACGGAUGAUGGGAGUCUGAUAUCGCCUUUCGAUUCUCAAGGACUUUUUUUGGGGGGGGGGGGGGGGAUAUAAAAUGAAGAUUUUCAGGUGAGGUGAGCAGCACGGAUAAUACAAAACGCGUAAAUGAUAUGUAUCUCUAAGCUCAGUGGUGCUCAUCCCAUAGCCUGGAGAUGUUAGCUGUCCAACACUACAACAGUUCAGCCCUGGAUGUGAAUGAAGGGUUCAGCAAUCAGACCCAGCAGGUGCCUGGAGUGGCACCGGUGUGCUGCAGGGAAAACCUGAACAUCACAACCGACCCCACGGCAGCGGGCCUGUCCAUGACCCUGGGCAUCGUGUCCAACAUCGUAGCACUGAUCAUCCUGGUUAAAGCGUACGCUCGUCUGCGGAAGCGCUCCAAAGCAACAUUCCUGCUGUUCGCCAGCUCUCUGGUGGCUACGGACCUUGCCGGUCAUGUUAUUCCAGGUGCCCUGGUUCUGCAUCUCUACAUGUCUGGCACCGCUGGAGGACUUUGUUACCAACCCGAUGCCACCUGCCAUUUCCUGGGCGGCAGCAUGGUGUUCUUCGGCCUGUGCCCGCUGUUUCUGGGGUGCGUUAUGGCGGCGGAGCGGUGCAUGGGUGUGACGCAGCCUCUCCUGCACGCCCGCGUAAUUUGCAUGGCCCACACCAAGAUGGUGCUGGUGAUGAUAUGGAUGUUGGCUUUAUCUGUAGCGCUGCUGCCCUUCUUUCGCCUGGGAACAUACACCUACCAGUUCCCGUGGACCUGGUGCUUCAUAAACGUGUUAGACAAUACCAGCAUCACAGACGUGAUAUUUGUGCUGCUGUUUUCUGGACUGGGACUGGCCGCGCUGGCCGUGGCACUGGUCUGCAACACCAUCAGCGGGGUGACACUGGUGAACGCCCGUCUGCGCAGGAAGAAGUGCCACCGCAGAUCGGCUAAAUCACAUGACAUUGAGAUGGUGGCACAGCUGGUGGGCAUUAUGGUCACUUCUUGCAUCUGCUGGAGCCCUCUGCUGAUCUUCGGUCUGAUGUCAGUCAUCCGCUCGUAUAGCUGGGGGAUGAUGGGGGAUGAUCUGAAAAACUACAGGACUUUAAUGGUAAUGGGAGUGCGUAUGGCCUCCUGGAACCAGAUUCUGGACCCCUGGGUCUAUAUCCUUCUACGCCGGGCCGUCCUCAGAAAGAUCUACCGCAUAACCACCGGCCGCAGUAACCGAAUAGGAAGCACAUUCCGGCGGUGGGAGAUCAGCUCCUUCCAGAACUCGGUGAAAAGCACAAUUAAUCGGAACUGAUGGAGGGAUUCCAGAGUAUGAGUUCUACCACAUGGAAGAGACUUGGAAAAGGUGAAAAAAUAGGCUGUUAUUAACCAAAAUCGUUGCAGUGCAGCAUUACUGAAGACAGAUCUAAGUUCCUAUUGCUUAAAGGGUGGAUGAAGAAGCAGCACAUUGGAAGUUGUAAUGCAAGCGAUGCUCUAGAACCGCAGAAACUUCAAUAAGCAUUAUGAUUGAGCACAGCGGGGUUCUGGAAGUAAAAAUCCCAUUCAUUUUCUCCAUAAAGAAAUGGACUUUAACAA